AUGGUAACACGAUUUGGACUGCAGGAUGCCAAAUCUGCGAAAAGUCCCAUGGAUACCGGUUUUGUAUCGACGGAAGUUUCUAGUGCUCCAUUCGAGAACGACACGGCUUAUCGAAGUCUGGUGGGGGGGUUAUUAUACGUGGCAGUUUGCGCUCGGCCAGACGUUUCGGUGAGCGCUUCAAUAUUAGGGCGAAAAGUAUGCUCGCCUACUGAGGCCGAUUGGACAGCUGCAAAAAGGGUACUGAGGUAUUUGAAGCAUACCAAAAGUGUUCGUCUGGAAUACGGUAACAACGCCAGUGAUCUUAUCGGCUACUGCGAUGCUGACUGGGCAGGAGACUUGAAUACUCGUCGCUCUACCACGGGUUACGUAUUCCUCUAUGCCGGCGGUGCAGUUGCAUGGAGAAGUCACUUGCAACGUUGUGUGACUUUGUCGUCCAUGGAAUCAGAAUACGUGGCUCUCUGUGAGGCUAGCCAAGAACUGGUGUGGCUUCGCAGAGUUUUGGAAGACUUGGGUGAGAAACAGAACUGUGCAACAUGCGUUUGGGAAGAUAAUCAAAGUUGCAUACAAUUUGUUGCAUCUGAACGUACAACUCGACGGUCCAAGCAUAUCGAUACAAAAGUGAGCUACGUGAAAGAACUGUACGAACAAGGGAAGCUACAACUUUCGUAUUGUCCAACACAAGAUAUGGCCGCUGACAUACUUACAAAGCCGCUGGGAACGCUUAAAACUCAACAUCUUUCGAAAAAGAUAGGGUUGCUACCAUAA